GUUGGUCGCCUGUUCCCGCGUCCGCAGCUCAAGCACGCCGCGUCCCUGUGCUGUGAACUCAGUAAUCCAUCAUGGGUAAGGUGCACGGAUCUUUGGCUCGCGCCGGCAAAGUUCGAGGCCAAACGCCAAAAGUAGCCAAACAAGACAAAAAGAAGAAGCCCAGGGGUCGUGCGUACAAGCGAAUGCAGUAUAACAGACGUUUUGUCACUGCCGUGGUCGGCUUCGGGAAAAAGCGAGGACCAAACUCUUCGGAGAAGUAAUCAAAGGCUUGAAGGAUGACUUCAUUUUCUUUUAAAGCUUGUUAUUAGCUUAGAUUAUGUAUUAAACGAUAAAUUUGAAUCUCUUGUCCGGUUCGAUGAUCCAUUUUUUGAGAGUUAAUUUAUACCUGCUGUGAAAUUGACUAGUGGCUUUUGCUUAUGUUUGCUCAUUUAAUUAAAUACCGGCUCAUAAUGUUGGUUAACUGAUAGUACUGUUAAAUUAUGGUGCAUUUGCACUGAUCACCUGCA